AUGCCGAGUAAGGCGGCACCCAGCUCCAAGCAGUCGACGCUGCUUGGCUUCUUCUCCAAGGUUGCUCCGACACCGGCCAAAUCAUCGCCCGCUCAGAAUCCUCCCGUGCAGAGAUCUCAGCAAAAGGGCUCAGAUAAGGAUGCACCGGGGUCACCGAAAGCGGUCAAAGCAGCCAAACCCAACACAUCUCAGCCCCUCGACACACCGCCGCCAAGCGAGUCCAGAUCCAGCACUCGAGCAUCUCGACCAUCAUCCCAUGACGAUACGCGCCAGGGCGAAGCAAGCCGUCCGCCAUCGUCUUCUCCUACACUGCACCGCUCAAGCUCACUGUCGACCGACAGCCUCGUGACCGCUCCACAAGCUGCUUUGGUAGCGAACAAAUCCUCCGACUCUGACGAUCUCACGCCUCCGCCCAGCAGCCAAGGGGACGACAUGGAUCCCAUGGACGUCGACGAUGCUGAAGAUACCGAACAACCACUCUUCCGUCGUCGCGCUGCAGCCAAGCGGCCCGUCACAUACGCCGAGUCCGACUCUGAAGGCGGCGCGGCAGUAGAUUCCGACAGCGAGGAUGACCUUCCCAGAACCUCCGGCAUCCGCAAGCGCAGCUCGGCCAAGCGAGCUCGCAAAACCCGCGACGAGGACGAUUUUAUCGUUCCGGACGAUCACGAAGAUGAAGAAGAUCUCCCCAUGGACGCAGCCAGCGCUUCGGAGGUCGACGACAAUCCAGACAGCGAGUACGGUGGUGAGGCAGACUCUGAUGACGAGCCAUCGAAACCCGCCAAAGCCAAAGCAGGCAGCAGGAAGGGUGCAGGCGCCUCGACCUCUGCUGCCACUGUUCCACCGCGCGCCACGGGCUCCAACAUGGCCCUCAACGCUUUCAAAUUGGGCAGCAGCUCAUCGCCCAGGUCCUCCCUGCAAGGCGGCGGCAGCAGCAACACAGCUCGCAGCGGACCAUCGGCGUCCCUCUCUCACCUCACCAAAGCGGAGCGUCGCCUGAUCGAAGAGAAACGCAAGAAGGCGGACAACGAAGAGGCCUACAGCUUCCUUCUCGAUUUGCGCGACAAAGACGGCAACCGCCCCGGCGAUGCAGAGUACGACUCACGCACCGUUUACAUCCCCAAGUCAGCCUGGAAGGAUUUCACACCUUUCGAGAGACAAUUCUGGGAGAUCAAGCAGAAUCACUGGGACACGGUACUCUUCUUCCAAAAGGGCAAGUUCUACGAGCUCUACGAGGAGGAUGCGCUUAUCGGUCACCGCGAGUUCGAUCUCAAGCUCACCGACCGGGUCAAGAUGAAGAUGGUCGGCGUCCCUGAAGCUUCGUUCGACAUCUUUGCGGCCAAGUUCCUUGCUCUCGGAUACAAGGUCGGUCGCGUCGAUCAGACCGAGACCGCCGUGGCCAAGGGCAUGCGCGUCGGCGAACGCUCGCGCGGUGGUGGAUCUGAGAUCGUCAACCGCGAACUCAGACAUGUCUUGACCAGCGGCACCAUCGUCGAUGCCGCAUCGUUGCCCGACGACCUCAACAGCUACUGCGUCUCUAUCAAAGAGUCCGCCACAGCCGGCCGCAACGGUCCCAUUUUUGGCGUAUGCACGCUCGAUGCGGCUACCGCCGAAUUCAACUUGACCGAAUUUGAAGACGACGAGUCGAGGACCAGGCUCGAGACCCUGCUGCGUUCGCUGCGACUCAAGGAGGUGCUUCACGAAAAGGGCGGCCUCACCGCGCCGACGCUGAGGGUCCUUCGCUGCACGGUUCCGAGCGCCGCUCAGAUCACCAUGCUCAAGCCCGGCGUCGAGUUCUUGGAGCAAGAGACUACUCUGCGCAAGCUAAACGCCCUCUUCAAUCCCGACGUGGAUGCCGAGGCCCGUCUGGACUCGCUCGAUCCUGUCGACCCAUCCCUUCUGCCGGAGGGGAUCGCCUCCAUGGUGGAGCGCCCUUCCGCCAUGUCGGCUCUCGGCGGCAUGCUCUGCUACCUGGCUCAGCUCAAUCUCGACCGCGACCUCUGCUCGAGCCGCAACUUUAACAUUUUUGACCCGCUUCGACAGGACAAGUGUCUUGUCCUUGACGCCCAGUCGCUUACGCAUCUCAACGUCCUGCAGAACGACGAGGGAACAGACGAGGGCACGCUCCAUCGUCUGCUCAACCGCUGCGUCACGCCGUUCGGAAAACGUCUUUUCAAGAUCUGGCUCGUCGCUCCGCUGGCAAGCUCCGACGCGAUCAGAGCCCGUCAAGAUGCUGUCGAGGAUCUGCUCCAGAGUUCCUCCUUUGCCGACGAGUUCGAGACGUUUGGCAAAGCUCUGCCGGACAUUGAACGCAUCAUUCCGCGAGUACGCGCCGGCAACUGCCGACCGCGCGAUUUUACCACGGUGCUCAAGUCCCUGGCGCGCUUCGAGAAGGCCAUCAAGCAGCUUCGCAACCAAUGCGAAGGUUUCGCCACCAACGUCGUGGACACGCUUCUGCAGUCGGUCCCGUCGGUGUCCACGAUUGCCCGCGAGCUGCAAUCGAGCUUCAAGAUUACCGAAGACGGCUCCUUCACGCCGAUCGAGGGCGCUUUCGAACCCUUCGACCGCGCAGAGGCGGCCAUCGCCGAGGUAGAGGCGCAGCUCGAGCACGAGAUCGAGACGUAUCGCAAACAGCUCAAGCUCGCUUCGGCCAAGUGUGCCUGGAAGCAUCUCGGCUCCAAGGACAUCUUCCAGAUCGAGGUGCCCGUUGCCAUCAAAGUGCCGAGCAACUGGACCAAACUCAGCGGCACCAAGGAUCGCAACCGCUGGUACUCGCCCAAGGUGCGUGAUCUCGUGCAAGAUAUCAAGGAGGCGCGAGAGACCCGCCUCGCUGCGCUCAAGCAGUUCCAUCGGACCCUCUUCUCCAGCUUUUCCGAGCAGAGCGACGUGUUCCUUCGAGCCAUCAAGACGAUCGCAGAGAUCGACUGCCUGCUCUCGCUGGCCAAAGCAUCGUACGCCAUGGGAGAGCCUUCGUGCCGACCUGAUCUGGUCGAUAGCGAGACGGCGCUGGUCGAGUUCGAAGAGCUGCGCCACCCCUGCAUCGCAGGCGACAACGUCGAGUUUAUUCCAAACGACAUUCGACUCGGCGGCAAGAACGAUGAGCUGAUCAUCCUGACAGGUGGAAACAUGGCGGGUAAGAGUACCACAGCGCGCACAAGCGCUACCGGCGUCAUCCUUGCCCAGCUAGGCUGUCGUGUGCCAGCGUCGAGCGCACGUCUCUCGCCCGUGGACCGCAUCGCCUCGCGAAUGGGUGCCAACGAUCAGAUCUUCCGCAACAACAGUACAUUCAUGGUUGAGAUGCUCGAGGCGUCGCGCAUCAUCAACGAAUGCACGCCCCGCUCGCUGGUCAUCAUGGAUGAGCUGGGUCGAGGCACCAGCACGUUCGAUGGCCAGGCCAUCGCAUUUGCUGUCCUCCACCAUCUCGUCAGCCGCACACGCUGCCUGGCCUUCUUCCUGACGCAUUACACCAAUCUCGCCUACGACUUCAACUCGUACUCGCGCGUCAGUAACAAGCACAUGCAGGUCCUGGUCGACGACGCCAAGCGCGAGGUAGUCUUCACGUACCGUCUCGUGGAUGGCAUUGCCGAGUCGUCUUACGGCACACAAGUAGCAGCGCUGGCAGGAGUGCCGCACGAGAUCUGCGAUCGAGCGGCAGCCGUCUCGAAGCAGUUCGCCGACGCGACCAAGGCGAGUCAGGCCGAGAAGAACAAGAGCGCGAUCCCGCUGGCCUUGCUCAGCGACUUUGUGCACCUCUUCAAGCUGGCCGGAGAGCAGGCGCCUGCGUCCAGCGACCGAAGUGCUGAAGCCAAGGCGCUGACGACGCUCUCGCAGCUCGACAUCAUCCGCUCUCAAGUAGCUGCGCUGGACGAUGGGUCAUCCUCCGCCGUCACCGCACCCAAGUCAUCCAAUAGCGCCCCUCCAGCUCCCACCUCGACCUGUACGUAG